AUGGAUAGCAGUUACUCUGUCAUCUCCAAAAAUUCUUACGUAGAAUUACAGAAGCAGACGACCAAUGGAAUCCCGGGAAAACCCAGAACCAAAUUGCUGCUUCCUUCUGAUGAAGAAAGCUUCGUGAAUGACUUCGACGAUAGCCGCAACAGUGUUGGCGACGUAGAAGGCGAUGAUCUGGAUUUCAAUAUCGCCGAUUACGGGAAACCCAAUCAAGGAUCUGGGAUCUACGGUGCGGUUUUCAACCUCACCACAUCGAUUAUCGGCGCCGGGAUCAUGGCAUUGCCGGCGACCAUGAAAGUUCUCGGCUUGGUCCUAGGGUUUGUUUUGAUCAUCCUGAUGGGGAUUCUGUCGGAGAUUAGUGUCGAGCUUUUGAUUAGAUUUUCAGUUCUCUACAAGUCCAGAUCUUACGGCGAGGUUGUGCAGUUCGCAUUGGGGAAAACCGCUAGGGUUUUAUCUGAGAUUUGCAUCAUCGUCAACAACGGCGGCGUUCUCGUUGUUUAUCUCAUCAUCAUGGGUGACGUCAUGUCUGGUUCGCUUCAUCACAUUGGGGUUUUGGAUCAGUGGUUAGGAAAUGGUUUCUGGGAUCACCGGAAAGUUUUGAUUUUGAUUGUCAUGAUCAUCUUCUUGGCUCCUCUCUGUGCUUUGAACAAGAUUGAUUCCUUAAGCUUAACCUCAGCUGCUUCAGUGGGUCUUGCGGUUGUGUUCGUUGUUGUUUGUUUCGUUGUCGCUACGAUUAAGCUCAUCGAAGGAACUAUCGACCCUCCGAGGAUGACUCCUGAUUUCGGUUCCAAAAAAGCAAUCUUGGAUCUUCUCGUGGUGAUUCCGAUCAUGUCAAACGCUUACGUUUGUCAUUUCAAUGUACAGCCGAUCUACAACGAGCUCGAAGGUCGAUCGCCUCAUAAGAUGAACAGAGUUGGGAGAAUCACAACGGCGAUUUGUGUUGUUGUCUAUGCUUCUACUGCAAUUUCCGGUUAUCUCCUCUUCGGUAUAGACACCGAAGCAGAUAUCUUGACCAACUUUGAUCAAGAUCUCGGCAUUCGUUUCAGCUCUGCUGUGAAUUACAUUGUGAGGAUCGGUUACAUUCUUCAUCUAGUUCUCGUCUUCCCUGUGAUCCAUUUCUCAUUGAGAGAAACCGUCAAUACCUUAUUGUUUGAAAGCUCGCCGCCUCUAUCGGAAAGCAAGAAGAGAUCAUUGGGGCUCACGGUGGUUUUGCUGGCUCUUAUCUACAUUGGAUCAACGAUGAUACCGAAUAUAUGGACUGCUUUCAAAUUCACAGGCGCGACAUCAGCGGUUUCGCUUGGUUUUACAUUCCCUGCUCUUAUUGCAUUACGGUUAGGGAAAGAGACCAAUUCGUUAAGCUUUGUGGAAAGAUAUGUGUCGUGGUUGAUGCUAAUCUUGGCGGUUGUGGUUAGCGUUGUUGGAACCAUUGGCAACAUUUACAGCAUGGAGAGCAAAUCAGAUUGA